UCGUCGUUUUCAGAGCAACAUCUGAACAAAGGCCUGCCCCUUUUCAUGAGGAUUUCUCUACCGCCAUCGUUACUUUACGUGUAAUCACGAUUACUAAAUCGGAUUACGAUACUUUUAUUAUAUUUCAAGACGUCGAUAACAGUAUAGAUAAUGUCCGAAAUUGAUGUUGAUCACAAUGAAAGCAGCGGCGAGACCAAAUCGGCCAUGCAUACUUGGCGUUAUCGCCACCAUUUCACGUACAAGGCAGAUCAAGGAAAAAAUAUCAUCGUCCAGUGUAAUCUAUGUCUGCCGAGGGUAAAUCUGCUGUCCACGUCGAAAACCUCAACAUCAAACCUAAAGAAGCAUUUAGACAGAACACACCUGGGCUGUGAAGCCAGGCCUGAUGUCAAGAGGGGGAGGAAGAAAGAAGAGCACAACGGUGAGGAGAGCAGGCACUGCCAACUCAAAAAGCUUAAAGCGGAAAUCAUCUCCAAAUGCAUGACCCAAGCAAAGAUCGAUGAGCUGAUUUUCAACUUCAUUGUGGAAGAUUGCCAGUCAUUUUAUGUGCUAGAGCAACCUGGCUUCAGAAAACUGAUUUCAGGCUUAACUGAAGGGCUAAAGUCCAUGGACAGGGUGACCUUGUUUACAAAGGUGGACCAGGGUUUCUCCAGGAUGCGAGAAGAGCUGAUGGCGAAACUCAGCAGCAUCCAGUACGUGUGCACCACGGCUGACAUCUGGACAGCCUACAACAGAAGCUUCUUUGGGAUGACCUGCCACUGGAUUGAUAGACAUUCUUUGGAGAGGAAAUCUGCUGCGCUGGGGUUCGCACGGCUGCAGGGCAGAAUCACGCAUGACACCAUAGCUGGACGGAUACAUGACAUCCACGUGGCAUACAAUAUUGAAAGUAAAGUUCAGACCACAGUCACCGAUAACGGAAGCCCCUUCAUCAGUGUGUUCAAAGAGUUUGCAGUGGACAGCCAGGAAAGUGACGAUGACAUUGGGUUCUACGAGAACGUGAGCACCGUCCUCGAGGGGGAGCCAGAGCAGGACAUGCUCCUGUUUCUGCCCACUGUGCAGCGCUGCGCAUCACACAUCCUGGAGCUGAUUGUCACUGAGGACUUUUGGCAGGCUGUGUCACAGGGGCCCAUGUGCCAGCUACAUUACAGUACAAUGGCCAAGGUGUUCGCCAUAUGGAGCAAAUGCCACCAUCUCCAGGUCGGUAUGGAUGCAGCAGAGGAGAUAGGAAAGAUGGCCCUUGUUGUGCCUGCUGUCAUACGCUGGAAUGUGGAGUACUGUGCUGUGCAGAAGAUCGUCUCUCUCACUGAGCGGGAGCUGACGGAGCUGUGUGCCCGCCUGGAGGUCUCACGCAUGCAGCAAGAGGAGAUGGCCUUCCUGAAGGAAUACGUGACUGUGUUUCACCCGCUCGCUUUUGCACUUGAACUUUUCCAAGCGGAGCAGAAAUGUUACCUGGGUCUGGUCAUCCCGACCGUACUCAGUCUGAAGAACAAGUUAAACGAGCAGAAAGACGCUGCAAAUUACUUCGGCGAUGUCAUCAAUGCCAUUGUAGUGGCUAUUGAUGUGCGGUUCCAGGAGCUGUUUUCCAGCACAGAAGCGAAGAUUGCAACAGCGACAACUCCUCAGUUCCGUUUGUGGUGGAUGGCUGCCUCUGACAGAGAGGAGAUGUGCUCCCUGCUGGCUACAGAGGCAUCCCAGAUUGAUCCCUGUAACAUAACCGAGGCAAACCCCAGCCGGAAUCUGUCGACCAUUGAAUCUGAAGAUGACUUCUUCAGCUACGGGUCUGUGAAGCCCACCGUUCAGAUCCAGCAACGGGGAGUGAUGGACGAGAUCCGCAAGUACGUCGAAGGAACGGGGAAGAGCCUGGAGUGCCUUCAGGACUUCCCCAGAAUGAAGCAGCUUUUCCUAAAAUACAACACCACCCUGCCAUCCACGGCCCCUGUCCAGCGUCUCUUCAGUCAGAAAGGCAACCUGGUCACCUCACAGAGAAACCUUCUGACUGAUGACUACUUUGAACGCCUUCAGCUUUUGAGAUACAACAUUAACGUGUGUACUUUGGUCACCCAGUGAAUACAUUGCCGGUGACUCUCUCAGCCUUUCAGUAGAUACAGAAUCAAACCAUACUGUGCUAAAAUCAUUACAGAAAAACAUAAGAGUAAUAUCUAAUUUCAGACAAUUUAGCCCAGAUGUUUUCUAAUCUUCCUCCCCUAUCUGUUUUAAUAGGCAUAGCCUAUAUCUCCGUUCCUGAAUGGCCUAAUGGAAAUAUCUAAUUGACAAUCAUUGACAAUGACAUCCAAGGACUGAAUAUACUGACAAAAGCAUCUUCCUAUCUGUGCUAUUGUUGUGAUUUGAAGUUGCCACAGAGUAAAUUGAACUGAUUUUGUCUUUCAGUUAAGCUAGUUUGUUUUUUCUACAGGUGCUCAAUGAGAAUGCAUCUCCUGUCUGUAUGUUUUAUAUCACAUAUAAAGAGACAAGGAAAGAG